GCAGUGGACGUGUUUGUAUUAGAUUAGUGUAUUCAACAGGAAUAACCAUCACUUUCUGAGCUACGCAGUCCCGCCUAAAUAUCUCAACUCUACUAUUUACAUAACGUACCAUUGGAACUCUACAAUAGGAUCUGGAUAUUGUCUAGCUAUUCAACCCCCAAGUUCCCGUUUUUUAGUGCUUCUUGCCGUUGGAUCGACUGACAUUAGAUAAUACAUCCGUUCUGUGGUUCGGGGGUGCUCGUUGAAGCCAGAUACGAAUUAUAUAUUAGCUCUUUGUAAAACGAAAAAUGUCUGCCAAAGAUCUGAUGCGAAAUGCUAUUAGGGAGCUAAUGGCAGUCGCAGUUAAUGAACAAUUCAAAACCUCUUUAGAGCGCGUGGCAGCCACCGGUGAUAGCGGUGGUCCAGAACGGCCACAAAAUCAGGCCCCUCGGUUAGGGAGACUGUGUUUCGCGUUUGCCGUGGGUGCCUGUCCCGCAGAACUGUUACUGAACACAAAGUUUUCAGUAGGACCGUGUCGUUGGCUGCACGACGGCGCACUGGCAAAAUCUGUCCCGGCCCAUGAAAUCAGCAGGGUGGAACUGCGAGCCCUGCGCGUAAUCGACAAUGCUUUGGAAGAUGUUGACCAUGAAGACCGAAAACAACGUAAAGCUCUCUUGCGGCUUAGCGAUGUGAGGGCUUCGAUUGAAAAACAUGAUCUUGCCCUAGAAGAAGCCAUUCGCAAACUGGCGAAAAAGGCUGACUCUAUUGCUGAAAAUGGACGUUGCCUACGAAAACGCGGCCUUAUUCAGGCAUCGCAAAAGGCUAUGCAAGAAGCCCGCAAGCUCGAGCAAAGUCGGCUCGCUAUUGAGGACCGUCUCAAUAGGCGCAGAAGCGGCCGUGAACAACGGCUCCGUAGCCUUCCCGAACGUCUCCCUCUUCAAGAAUGUCAGACCUGCGGUCUUUCCUAUGGCUUAGACGGGAAAAAUAGUCGUCAUCAUUUGCAUUUGAACGGCAGGCUUCAUCGUAACAUAGUGUUGCUACGGGAAGCUAGUUGUGCUCUUCGUGCGAAAUAUCAGAUUCAAUCAAUAAAGCCCGUUAGCUGUAUUGGAGACGUCGGCGACGUCGAUACAAUCAGUGCGAAGAGAAGUAAGCUAGACCUUGCGUCUACCUUACGUGAAGAUUUCGAACGAGAAGAGACUUUGUUUUCAGACUGUGACGAUUUCGACGACUGUUAACAUUUUCGGUUAUCUCAUCUCGUCUUAUCUAUAUCUUAGCUGCGUGAAAUUGCCGCAAACAAAUGUGAGGUUGUACUGGAUGCCCCUACUUUUUGUCCCAGUGAUUUAAGCCUAGUAAAUAGCUGCUUGGGGCGUCUGGGUAAUGUGGGUAAAGAGUUUGGCGCAAGUUUGUGAUGAAGUGCGGCUAUAUUGAGCGAUAUUGGUGAGAGUUAGGGGGCAGACAAAUCGUAAGUUUUAAGUUAAUUACAUAUAAAUAGAUGUGGGCUUGUCACUUGUCUAACACGUUUAGUGGGAAUUAUGCCGUUUAUUAAUUUGCCUUAAGUGUGAACCUUGUUGGAUAUCGUGAGUAUAUCAAUGUUUAUGUAUAACAAUAGCAAACAACAGCAACAACGUAUCCCGACUAUUUGUUCAGGUUAAUCAUAUUAAUUGUUGUACAAUCAAGUGCGUAGCAUUUCGCUAACUUAAAAUAUAUUAUGAAUGAAAUUUUACCAGUACAAUGAAAAACCUAUGAAGAAACCUGGUUCAUUUUUAGUGAACUAAAAUAAAAAGUAAACUCACUGUAUGAAUGUGCCAAACCUCUAUUGAAGUUGCUUAUGAUGAAUAAACAAAGCACGCGUCUGA